UUCCUCGCUGGAGAGCAGUGCGUUUUGUCACUCUCGCAGGAUUGCAACGGUGCUCCAUCGCUCGUCCCGAGAUGUCGAUGAAACGUUAUCUCGGCUAGGCUCGCUCGCCGCCGCAGAUCCGUCAUUUUGUGAAGUUUCGCCCGUGGAUGCUCCGAGUGCGGUUCCAUUUGAAAUGGCGUUUGAUUCCACCGCGCAAACGACGCCUCUUCAGUGUCAGUGACGCCUAGUGUGAGAAAGUUUUCAGUGAAUUUGCGCGCACCACGCCGUACGGUACCAGUUACCGUCUUUUCCGGUUCUUUUUCUUGUCUUCUUCUUUUCUUUUUUUUUUUUUUUCUUUCCUUUUUUGUACUUCCUCAAGACAGAUCGAGGAUACACCGACAGGCGCCGAGAAUCGCAUGGCGACCAUCCAGGGACACGUCGACGGUCGAUCGAUCCGUUCGAUCGCUUCUCUCCAGCCACCCCUGUGCAAUGUCGGUGAGCCACGGGGUGAGAUCGUGAUCCGGGACCUCGUAUGAUCGUUCGCCAGUGAGCAUCGAACUGGAUCGUGAUCGCGAACCUCGGACGAAAUCACCAGGGUGCGAUGAGACGACGCAAACCAGGCUGCUUCAACCCCGUGGAUCACCCGGGGCCGGUGUUUUAAAACGUGCGGAUAGAAAGGCGAGGAACAGCGAUGAACUUUCGCGGAGACGCGACUCGUACCGCGGACCGUCCUGUCGCGUGUUGUUCCCGUGGUUGGUGUGGGUGUCGCCGCGUUGUGCCGUCCCGAGGGUGAAAACGAGCGCGAUGAGAAGAACGCCGGAAGGGGCAACGAGGAUGGACGAAUUCGUGAAAUAGCCCGGUGGAGAGCGAGCGAGAGCUGUGUGUUGUGCUGUGUGCCCGUGCCGUGCCGUGCCGUGCCGUGCCGUGCCGUGCCGUGACGUGACGUGACGUGCCGUGCGGUGCUCACACACACGCACACACACACACACAAAAACACCAGGCCACGCCACACCGCGCCGCGCCGCGCCGCGCCGCGCUUCACAGCUGCAGCUGCAAAACGAAAAUGUCGUGGGCCAGGAUAGCCAGUGCCGCUCAACUCGCGGCCGCAGUGGCCGUCAUUCUAAGGAUAUUGUUCGCGUCCGCGGAUCCGAUCGCGUACACGGACGAGCAGUCGUACGAGCAGACCACCUACACGGUCCCGGUCUCCUCCACCGAGAAUGACAGCGACAUUUAUCGAGUGCCAACGAAACCAUUGAACCUGUCGUCUCACGGCAUCACCUCCACCACCAUCGAGUUGUCAUGGGCCGAGCCGGACUACGCCAAUGGGAUCAUUUCCGGUUAUCGCAUUUACUACAUGCAUUCCAAUUACACGAACGUUCAAAUGUACAGGACCGACGAGUACGACGGGCCAGUCAUUGAAUUCCUUUUAAAAGAGCUAGAACCGUACACCGAGUACAAGAUAUGGGUGAAGGCUUACACAUGGAAGAACGAAGGCGAGCCCUCGGACCAUAUCAUUCGCCGGACAGAUAUUUCAGGGCCGAGCGCGCCGUUGAUUUUGAACGUCACUUGCCCGACCCACGAUUCCGUUUACAUCCAGUGGGCCAGGCCGAAUCUCUUCUGGGGCUCGAUCGACUACUAUUUCAUCAAUUAUCGAAUCGAGAACGACAAUCGUUACGAGGAGAUCGAACUGAUGACGGAGAAGAGUCAUCUCGAGAGCGCGAUGAUCAUACCGAACCUGACGAUGAACAGCGUGUACGAGAUCGUGGUGCGCGGAGGUACGCGAAGCGCUAUCGACAAUCGAUUGAUUAUACGCGGCGAAGGCUCCGCACCGCAGAAGGUCCGCGGCAUUCGCGAUUGCAACAGAGCGCCGCCGUUAUUGCCACACAGCACCAUAUGGUUCAGCAGCGGGGUGAUUGCCGGUGUGAUCUGCGCUUGUCUGGCGGUGAUGCUGAUGAUCACGUCCUUCGUCCUAUGGAAGCCUUGCCUGAGGCCAAUUUUCAGGAAAUGCUUCCACACCGCGUACUACUUCCUCGACUAUCCGCCCCGUAACGUGCCCACGCUUCAGGAAUGGGAGAACACCGAGCAGGAUGGGGAACGUACCGCGGUCGCCAUUCAGAAGUUCGUGCAGCACGUCGCGAGCCUGCACGCGGACGGUGACAUCGGGUUCAGCAAGGAGUACGAGUUCAUUCAAUCGGAGAGCGGCAAGUUCACCGCGGAGAAUUCCCAAUACGUCGAGAACAAAGCGAAAAAUCGAUACUUGAAUAUAUUGGCCUACGAUCAUACUCGAGUGCAGUUGCUGUCGUGCGGCGGAGGACCACCGAAAAAGGGGCACGAUUACGUGAACGCGAAUUACAUCGAUGGUUGGCAACGUACACGCGCGUACAUUGGUACGCAGGGUCCGUUGCCACCGACUUUCGAUGGAUUCUGGCGUAUGGUGUGGGAACAGAGAGUAUCGAUCGUUGUUAUGAUCACCAAUCUCGUUGAACGUGGCCGCAAAAAAUGUGAUAUGUACUGGCCUAAGAAGGGAUCGGAAACCUACGGCUACAUUCAGGUCACUCUGUUGAGGGAAGAUGUCAUGGCUACGUACACCAUUCGUACGCUUCAGAUUCGCCAUAUGAAGGUGAAGAAAAGGAAGAACGGAGUCAACAUGGGAGAACGUAUCAUUUGGCAGUACCAUUACACUGGAUGGCCUGAUCACGGAGUACCGGAGCAUCCGUUGCCGGUUCUGAGCUUCAUCCGGAAAUCUUCCAAUGCCAAUCCUCCGGACGCAGGACCAAUUGUUGUCCACUGCAGCGCUGGCGUCGGGCGUACAGGCACCUACAUUGUCAUCGACGCCAUGCUGAAACAGGCCAAGUGCAAGAACGAGGUGAACGUGUUCGGAUUCCUGAAGCACAUCCGCACGCAGCGAAACUUCUUGGUUCAAACGGAGGAACAGUACGUGUUCAUCCAUCAUGCUCUGCAAGAGGCUAUCGAGAGCGGCGAGACCAACAUCGAGGCAAACAACCUGUUAGAAUACGUCCAAGACAUGUUGAAUCCGAACAACACCAACACCGACGCAUGGAACAAUCUCGAAGCUCAGUACAAGCUGGUGACCUCGUGGAAGCCGAAGGAGUUCAACCUCGUGUCCGCGAUCAAGCCGUGCAAUCUUCACAAGAACCGCAACCAAGAUGUCAUUUCGAUCGAAACAGCUCGCGUUCAUUUGACGCCGAAGCCCGGGAUCGACGGGAGCGACUACAUCAACGCUACGUGGAUCGCUGGCUUCCAUCGCAAUCGUGAGUUUAUCAUCAGCCAACAUCCGAUGGAAAAUACGAUCAUGGAGUUCUGGCAGAUGAUGUGGGAUUACAAUGCACAAACCGUGGUCAUGCUCACCGAAUGCGACGAGGUGGAGUAUCCCGAAUUUUGGCCUACCGAAGGGAAAGACCUAGAGUCGGAGACCUUUCGCGUGCGAUCUUGCGGAAUCAAGGAAACCGCGAGCGGAAUGAUUCUGCGCGAAGUCGCGGUCCGAUCUCUGCAAGACGAUUACGAAUUGAGUGCCAAAAUUGUCCAAGGGCCGCGAUCUCAGCCCGGCUUCUGGCCACACAACACCAAUCCGCGACCCCUCGUGACCUUAAUCCACGAUUUACAUCGGGAUUACCAAAACGGUCCUAUCGUCGUGAUGGACAGGUUCGGCGGCGUCGAGGCGGCAAUCUUCAUCCUGCUGACAACGUUGAACAAGCAGAUGGAGUUCGAGAAGAGCGCCGACAUCUACAUGUACGCGAAGUUGUUGUACAUGAAACGACCAGGAGUCUUCCGAACAAAGGAGGAUUACGCGCUGUUGUAUCAAUGCCUGGAAACCACGCUGUCGUCGAAAACUCACGACGAGCCGGAUCUAUACUCGAUGGCCAACGGCCACGUGUCCACGAUAACGGAUCCGACUGACGUGCCUACCUCGUCGAUGCAGCACAUGCAGAUGGAUUACUCUCCGAAGCCAACGAUGAUCCGUGAAUACGCGACGGUGGAGGUGAACUCUAUGUCUGACUAUUCAAUCCCGAUUCGUGUGGACCAUUCGAUGGAGCCUUGCAGUAGCAGAAGCAGCGAGAGCUGCAUGUUCAGCCACGCGGGGAACGAGCACGAGAAGAACAUCGUCAUGACCCAUCGGAACGUGAGCUAUCACAAUCAUCCGGGCAGUGUCUCUGUGAUCGUUGACGCGAACGGUUACGUGACGAACGGCAGCAUGCGCAUGAGACCAGAGGGCAUGGAGUCGACCUGCAAGAUGUUGCCUCAAUGAUGCCUGCCGAUCUUCGGUUGCAGUGUUUCCUCGAGCCGAUCUGAGCCGCUGUAACCGAUCGAGCUCCGCACUGCCCGAAGUGUAAUCCUGAUUCUGUAAGUGGACAUACAUUUUGUGUUCGAUCGAUCCGAAAAUAUACCGAUCCUCGAAUAUCAACGUACGAGAACUGAACUGUCUUUACGUAGAUUAAGAUCGCGUGAGAGAUUAGCUGCGUAAACUCGAGGAACACGCGCGUACAUCGUUCGAUGGCCGAGUACAGAUUAAAGUACAGAUUCUUUUCUCUGGUUUUUUACGCACGCAGGCCACAGCGCAAGGAGUUCCAGAUUGGGCACGUCUUCGCACAAACGGAAGAACCGGCGAAUUCGCUUAGUUAGGAUCCGCCUAAACAGAGGAUCCUUAAGCAUCUCUAAAUGUAAAUAAUUAAUCGCGUUAGUUCGCCCGCGUGUACGCGUACGCUCUCGAGGACGUCGAAUGACGAGGACACACGCGUACACGCGGUGUAGAGGAAACAAAACAAAACAAAAAGAAAAAAAAGAAAAAAAAAGGAGAAAGGGAAAUGAGGGUCCCGUUUCCGGUGUUGCUGGGUGCCAAAAACCACUUGUUAGAGCACACCACCCUGGACCUCCGUUUAAACGUUGUUCAUCGUGUAAGUGUACACCUCUCGUUUUUUGUGUAAUAUAUAUAUAAAUAUAUAUAUAUACAUUCAUGGACGUUCAUUCGCGCGCAUCGUGCACACUUACAUAACUUCACUCACACGCGUGUACAUACGCAUCUCGCCUACCAUCGCACGCGUAUACACGCGCAUAUGCUUUUCACAUAUGUACGUGUAAUACUUUUGUAAUAAGUUGGAUCAUUCGACCACUUCUUUUACCAAAGAAUCGUUUAUAUUCGCUCUCGUUUCGUUUUAAAUCCCCCCUUUUCUCAAGGUUUUAUCGCUUAGCCGAAGACUGAUCAAUCGAAUUCGCACUGUCGUGCACGCCUCGCGAUCUACGAAUAGAUCGUGCCUGCCUAUCGUGUCUUGACUCACAAUCAAAAAAAAAAAAAAAAAAAAAAAAAGAGCGCGAGAUCAAUCGAGCUCGAUGCGUUUCGCUUACGAGGAGCUUCUUUCAACGCUCUUCCACCCCUCUGUCUCUUUUCGCCAAACAGUCGAACAUGCAAUGUCACAAGGAAUUGACGAUCCAAACGUUGUUCGUAAACGCGUCGUCCAACUUUCUCGAGGUUGAUGGCAGAAAACAAUUGUACCGAGAUACGAGAACUAUGCGAAACGGAAUGCGAUUGGAAUCGUGCAGACUUGACGAUCGAUCGCGAUUGGUGAGAAUGGUAACGAACUGGUGUCGAAUCGCAACGCGAUCUUCGUCAACUAAACGCAGUUAACGCGACAGCAAAUGUGAAACCUGUUUGUACGAACGCGUCAUGUCUCUGCACGUGAGAGAAAAAGAGAGAGAGAGAGAGUGAGAGAGAGAGAAUGCGAACAAAUGUGGUCUGUCUGUCAACCUCUCGACGUAACUAAUCAUUGUCGUAACGCAUUUCUAACGAGUAAGAUUUGAAUUAAGUAAAAAAAAAAAAAAAUAAGAAAAAAAGGAAAAAAAAGAAAAAAAAAUGUGGAAAAUGUCCCACGUGGACGUUUUCUUCGUCGCGACGUUUUCGUUGUCCCGCGUGAUUUUGUCCGGCGCUGGUCGGUAGAGCAUCGAGACGCGACAGAAAAAUAAAGAACAAGCUACAGCGACGACAAUUUGAAGCGUUCGAUAAUUAACGAGAUUAAUUUCCAAUCGCAGUGUCAGGGCCGACCUUGAUCGCCGUGUGUAUCGAAGUCGAUCGAGCCCGCUUUUAGAGUAACGUUGUUCAGAUUCGUGCGACCAGUGAGAUUGUUUUUGUUUUUUUUUUUUUGUUUUUUUUUUAAUUGUGAUACAAAGAAGAAGAGAAAAAAGAAAAAAAAAAAGGAUAAAAAAUUGGACGCUGUCGUUGAUGUUUAUUCCAGCCACGAGUUCCUUUGCCACGCGAUCGUUUUUCUAAUUGAAUCUAAUCCGGAAGACUGUUCUCUCACACACGUAGAAUUUUUACAUACACCUGUAACGUAACUGCUAAGUCAGCAUAAUUCACGUGAUACGGAAACGAUAACUGCCUGUGACACUUUUGAUCCAUCUUCUAUACGUGUUUUUCUACCAUCUUGUAUACAUAAUUAUACACAAUCGUGACUAAUCGUUGACGAAUCGGGUCCGAUCGUCCUUCGUUUUUAACCUCUAAUGCCGAUUAACGAUCGACGACGUGGAAAUUUGACAAAAAAGAAAAAAAACUAAAAAAGGCGUAAAAGCAAAAAAAAAAAAAAAAAAAAUCUCAAAAAAAAAAAGAAAGAAUCUAUAUAUGUAUAUGUGCAUGUAUGUAACCGUGUCCGUGUUAAUAAGACGUAAUGUAAAACGUAAUCCACUGACUGAACGACUUUUUAAACUCGGUUGUCGGUUUUUAUAACUGGAUGUCGAUGUAGUCUAUCACUUAAAACGUAAAACCGUGCUUCUUCCUUCGGGCCGGAUCGACGCGACGAUGGAACGAGACCAACCAACGUCAUUUUACAAAGCUUUAAAACCAUUGCCAUUGUUUUUAACAUUCGACGACGCUCGCUUUUAUUCGGAAAUCGGUGCGAAUAUCCGAACGAUUCGUUAAGGGAACCCGAAGGAAGAUUAGAAAACAUAAGGCUUAGAUAUAGUUUACGUGUCGGGAAGAUAGGAGGUAAAUACUGCGACGAAGUUUCGCAAGACAGACAGUUGGGAAGGGCAAAUAGCGGGGGGGAAGAGCUGCAUUACUUGCUAACUUUCAGACACGUCAGCAAAGCUAAGAAACAUAAUAACGAGGGAAAAGAGAGAGAGAUGUAGAGACGCGUGUCAAAUCGGUACGGCAAAGGCGACAUUCGAUUUUCCCGAUCUUUGGCUUUCUUCUUGCCCUCUGUUCCCGCUUUCGUUAGCCAGAUCGUACGAUCGUAAGGCAUACGUUCGCGUUUCCUCAUCGACACGAUCUCGCGCGCGUCGUUUCGACAGACGAUGGAACAUUGGUCGACGAUUCAGUAACUAAGCGAGCGUAACCGCUUGGAGCCGAAAGGCUUCUGACGCGAAUCAGAGAAACCGAGCCGACGUCCAGCGUCGAGCACAGCGGUUCAUGGGGUAACGAGCAACGACCAUUCGAUUUCCUCUCGUUGAUAAAUCGCGACGAGAUCUCGACGGUGAUUCUACGAUAUGUUAUAAAAAUCGAACGACACGCUUCGUAGAGGGGGAAACGAAUGGUAGUUGAAUGUUGUAUAUGACCCGGUAAGCUCGUAGAUGACGCGCCAAGCUCGAGCUGGACAAGAAUAAAAGCAACACGAUGCCUCGUCAUUCCCCUGAGCGUAAGAUGGGAUGGCAUCGCGAAAGUAGAUAAUUCCUCUGGACCGAUUGAGCCAGCGAAUCCCUCCCCACGACGAGAAAGAGCGAAAGAGCUAAAGUCUGUACCAUAUGCAAUGUAUUAAUGUAAUAUCGAUUCCGCUGUAAUUAGGGAUAAUUAGAACGCGAGGAUAUACAUACGUACUUGUUGGCCCGUGCAAAGACGUGUCUGGACGCCAACUGGAUGCAUCAAAACUACACAUUUAAGAAAGAAAAAGAAAACAAAAAAAAAAAAAAGAGAAGAAGAAGAAGAAUCCACGCACCACACGAGGCAACUGGAUACACAAUACGCGUAACACCGAUUAGUAAAAGUCUCAUCGUAGUCACAUAGGCUCUUUUUAACAUAAGAACCACCGAACUGACUGUUAAUUUGAUCAAACGCAAAACUGGAUCACGCAACAAAAGAAAAAAAAAAAGAAAACAAAUAAGUCGUAUACAUAAAGAAAAAGAGAAAAAUAUAAAUAUAUAUAUAUAUAAAUAUAAAUAUAUAUAUAUAAAUAUAUAAAUAUAAAAUACAAAUAUAAAUAUAUAUAUAUAUAUAUUAUAUUCAAAUAUUUAUGAUAUGAGGGAAAAUUACACAGUGUAACGUCGCGUUUCGUGUCGCUGCACGAGAUACCGUGACCAAGCAUGCACGCGCGCGCGGCCAAGUUGGAAUUUAUUCUAAUUUUCGCGAGUGUUUUCUCUCGAGAAUCGAGCCGUGUGAUAGUUCAAUCGACGCCGAACAUGGUGGAAAAAGAAAAUCGUUUCCUCGCUUGCAUGAUGCCACGGUAGCUCGGCGAACGAGGGCGUCGGAUACGAAAACCUGUACUGUAUUUUACGUUAAGCACCGUAAACUCUGAGUGUACCUAUACGGAUACAGAAGAACGAUAUAUAAAAAAGUGAGGAAAGAAGUGAGAUAAAAGUAUGCAUGUAAUGAGUAUGCGUGAGAGAGUAAGUAGAUAUACGCAACGAGGGAUGCGUGUGGACCGGUCGAUCCCCGGAAAUUCAAGGGGUCGAUCGUCGCAUCGUUUAUACAUAUAUAAAUAUUAUACAUAAUUAAUUCGGAGGAUAAACGAGAUAGGUGUGUAUAGAAGGAUAAUUUAGACUCUAGUCAGCAUAACACAAUCGUAAUCGACGACGCACACGUUUUCCUUGUUCAUUUCGUUUCCGUUCUUACGUUCGUCACGGGAGAACGCGGUUAUUCACAUCGUUUCCCCAUCGUUGUUUCUCUGUACUCGAUGCGUUCGGGUUUUUCUCCACGCGAAGGGAAGACCAGUUACGUAACGAACGCGUGGCUGCGUUUACGGCUGUUCGUUUGCUCGGAGGGGGUGCGUUGGCGCGGGUGCGGGUUGAAAGAGUGCGACACGAGUCGCUUCUGUUCUCCACGUUCAUUUCUCCUUCACUCUGUCGUUACUUUUGUUCCUUUUCUUUUUAUUUUCCUUCCUUCUUCUUUUUCUCCUUCUGUGUAAUUAUCUUGCUCCACGUUGUCGGCACUAAUUGAAAUUAAUUCUCCCUAUUAUAGUAAUAAACGUAACCUGAAGCUUCUUUUUGCUUUUUUUUUUUUUUUUUCUUUUCUGGAACGUUGUUACACACGAGCUUCCGUUGAACGUCUUUUCAAAAUAUCGUGGUGAAGUUUUCUCGAACGACGCGAUGAACGGACUGCAGACGCAGCCAUCGAAAGUCCGAUAGAAGAUAAGUGUUCGAUAUAAUGUAAAGGAGCGUGAAACACGCGUAUCGAAGGCCUACACGAACCUCGUGGUGUCGUUUGGAAUAUCCGCGGAACGGUUCGCGCGCGAUCGAGACGUCGAAAUCGCGAGUGCGGCGCGAACCGCUCGUCGGUGAACAUGGUUAACGAGAGUAAAGAAAAGUCGAACGCUUGAUCGUACAGUCGACCAAAAAAAAAAGUCAUUAGAGAAUUUAGCGAGAAACAGAAAAUCAUCAUCGGUGAAAUUAUAUCGAUUCUAGCGUAUAGAGGUAAAAACAUUUCGGGUCGAACACGAUGUCACAUUAUUAUACGAAUUAGUGAAUCCGCGCGCGGGGAACGUAAAACAAUGUCACGCCACCGUAAGACUGCAAACACAACAAACAAACGAAUUAAAGGAACAAACCAACAAACAAACAAACAAAAAAAAAAAGAAAAAAAACGAAAAAAAAAAUGAGAGAAAAUCGCGACCGACGAAAACGGUGUUUUUUACGAUUAUUGUACUAUAUUACGAUUAUUGAUACGUUUCCUUUUUCGGCGUUAGUUUCCGCAGCAUCGAGUCAAUCGACGCGCGACAUUUAAAUGCAAGUAUUCGCACAGGCCUACGAUAAGAGAAACUCUUUAUAUACGUAUCCAUGAUGUUUCACGUGUAACACUAAAUAAACAAGCAUUAAUUGUCAUUCAGCUGAUCGACGAUCGGACGAUAUGCGUAGCGCUCUAGAAAGAAGAGAAAGAAAACGAAUGGGAUGAUACCGUACCGAGAAGCUUUUGCCUCCAAUCGAAAUGGCGGAACGACUUUUCACUCGCGUUUUACACUUGCAAUUGGGCCUAAUCGACGGAUCCUGCUACCAUUUCUGACUACCUUUCGUUCCUCGAACCCUUGGAAAUUUUGGAUGGCACGCUACUUCCGCUGGCACGGCGAUAUCGUAAUGGAACUGUACGAAAGAAAGGGGGAAAAAAAAAAAAGAAAAAGAAAAUGCUACGGGAAACAUUAAAAAGAUGAAUUCAUACGAACGUUAAUAUUUUUUUUUCUCAUCGUGGAUUCCAACACCGAACGAACGUUGCAAAUGAUUAUUUUCCGCGAUGGUAGCUCGUUGGCGAACGUCGUCCGCGCGUAUACAUUUUUAUAAUUAAAUAAGACGAUUUUUACCCCUAAUUAAUGGUAAUUCGCUGAACGGGGAACGACAUCGAAGGGAAUUUCUCUCCGCGUUCGCCGACAAGCGUCACGUUAAAUAACGCCCGAGAAAUCUGGUUGCAGUUGCAUUACGAUUAGCAUGCAAUGUUUCGAUUCAACAUAGUACAAAAAUUCGCAAAAGUUUGGAAGAACUGGAAGAACAAGAUAUGUAUAAAUCGGAGAACAACCGACAACUUGUACGUGAUCGUGAUAGUCGUUGGUUCACUCUGAACGAUCGUUACGACGUUUCGGUUGUUCUCGGCCGCAGCUACCCUAAAUAAAAAAGCGCGAAAACGAACAAAAAAAGAAAAAAAAAAAAAGAGAAAGAAAUAAUGCACAGUGGAAAACAAAAACAAAAGAUUACACGUAUGUCCUUUCACUGUAACAGUAUCUUGACCAAUUAAAUACUAAGCUAGCAUGGAUGUAUACACACUGAGAUAAAUGUUAACCAGUUACCUGCGUAAUACUCAAUGUUAAGUGUCGGAACUGAUGCUCGUUCAGAUUUUUCUUGACGACUGUCCUUGCUCGUGCGAACUCACGGUUUUCUUUCUUCCAUUUGCGCAAAACGAAAUAUUGCCAACGACUGUCUGCCAAUCGUUUACGCGAACUUCUUAAACAAAAAACGAGGGAAAGAAAAGAGGAUGAAACAAACGGAGCAAAACGAGAGAGAGAGAGAGAGAGAGAGAGAGAAAACAAGACGAAGAAAUCGUUAAGAGACAUUCCAAGCCGCUUUUUUUAGACGAUCAACGAAAUAAAACAUUAUUUGACUGCCAUGUACGAUAUUUUACGACGAUUUUAUAGACGAGAAAACGGGGUGGACCAUCGAACGAUCGAGGUUCCACUUCGCGUUCGAUAUACAAUCUAAGUACCACGAUUCGAAUGGAGAGUAGUUUCCGUUUUUUCUAAAUGCGAAUUUUCUUGUGAUCUGUCCUGGUUGAAAAAGGAGGAAAACGAAACAAAAA